AUUUCAGGGUGACCAAAGCAAACUGAUACCCGGUCACACUGUUUAGCAGGCGACGGCAAAAAAAAAAACGUAAUGGCUUCAUUUUUGGCACGUACGGGCGGUCCCCUACUCGAUUCCGUUAGGCCGGCGGCCGUCAAGAAGAUUCUCGGCCUGGCUCCCAUCGCCGUACAGCAAUUGAGGAACCUCAACGUCCAGGAACAUGUUUCUUACACUCUCCUCAACGAAAGCAAAAUCCCAACACCACGAUUUGCUGUUGCCAAGAAUGGAAAGGAGGCCAACGAUAUUGCCACCAAGCUGAAGACAGACAAUCUGGUCCUGAAGGCACAAGUCCUGGCCGGUGGACGCGGCAAGGGUACCUUCAAGAAUGGCUUCAAGGGUGGCGUUCGUGUCGUCUACGACCCCAAGACUGCCGAGGAGAUGUCCUCCAAAAUGCUUAACCAGCUGCUGGUAACCAAGCAAACCGGACCGGCUGGUCGCAUUUGCAACAAAGUAAUGGUGGCCGAGAGGAAAUUCCCUCGUCGUGAAUUCUAUUUCGCUGUGAUGCUGGAGCGAGCCUUUAACGGUCCCGUCCUCAUUGCAUCGAAGGAGGGUGGUGUUGACAUUGAGGAAGUGGCCGCCAGCAGUCCCGACGCCAUUAUUUAUGAGCCCAUCGACAUCGAUGCGGGCCUAACCUGCGAACAAGCCAGUAGAGUCAUCGAGAAAGUCGGUUUGGGCGGCGAGGGAGAGGAAACCCACAUCAAGAUGCUUCAGAACCUAUACGAUUUGUUUGUGAAGAAGGAUGCUCUCUUAGUUGAGAUCAAUCCCUAUGCUGAGGAUGCCAUGUCUGGCUGCUUCUUCGCAUUGGAUGCCAAACUGCGUUUCGACGACAACGCCGAGUUCCGUCAGAAGGAGCUGUUCGCGCUGCGCGAUUGGACCCAGGAGGAUCCCAAAGAGGUUGAGGCUGCCAAAUACAACCUGAACUACAUUGCCCUGGAUGGCACCAUCGGUUGCAUGGUGAACGGUGCUGGUCUGGCCAUGGCCACCAUGGACAUCAUUAAGUUGUAUGGCGGUGAACCAGCCAAUUUCCUGGAUGUUGGUGGUGGUGCCACGGCCGAGGCUGUGAAGGCUGCCUUCAAGAUCAUCACCUCUGACCCGAAGGUGCUAUGCAUCCUUGUUAACAUUUUUGGCGGCAUUAUGCGUUGCGAUGUUAUUGCCGAAGGUAUCAUCUCUGCCACUAAGGACCUUAAUCUGAACAUGCCCGUCGUUGUGCGUCUUCAGGGCACCAAGGUGAAGGAGGCCCGUGAACUGAUUCGCACCUCUGGACUCAAGAUUCUGGCCCGCGACGACCUGGACAAGGCUGCCGAUCUGGCUGUUCACUUGGCGCAGAUCGUCAAGCUGGCCCGCGAAAUGAAGAUGGAUGUGAACUUUGAGAUUCCCGAUGCCCAAAAGGAAAAGGACGGCAAGGGAAAAGAUGGUAAGGAAGAGGGAAAAACGGAUGACGCGAAGGGUCAGAAGGAUGGAAAGGACGACAAGGAUGAUUCCGGAAAAAAGGACAAAAAGUAGAGCUUCUGCGAUUAAAAUGUAGUUAAAACAUAAAGAAAUUCGAAGAAGAGUUUAACGGAAUCGGAAAUGGACUCGUCUGGCAAGCAAGACUUGAAAAUGCCAAGUAAAAAUUUUAAAUUAAUUUCUAAGUACAUCUUCAAUUUGUUUACCAUUUA